AUGGUUCGUCUCAAUGAGGUAGGGAGGUUGCUCUGUGCUGCGGGGGUUCAGUUUCCCUAUCUGGAUGAUCCAAUGGUGGUGGAGCUUCUUACGCUUAGGGAAGCUGUCCGGUGGUGUUUAGCUAGCGGUUUUCUGCUCAUGCGAUUUGAAGGGGAUGCUAAGGUGGUCAUUGAUAAGAUCUGUAGGGCUGAUGUGCACGACAGUCGGGUAGGGACUAUUCUGGAGGAAAUUAUGCAGAUUUUCAGGGAAAACCCGGGCUUUACUGUGCGAUUUGUAGGUCGGGAGAACAAUAGGGUAGCUCAUAUGGUAGCUAGACAGGCUCUUUCUUUGUUCCCGACUACGUGUCGUUAUUUUGAUUUCCAGAACUGGCUGGCUUCCAGGAUGUAA